AUGAGCAUCGAGACGCUGCUGGAGGCGGCGCGGUUCCUGGAGUGGCAGGCGCAGCAGCAGCAGACCGCACGUGAGGAGAAUGAGAAGCACGAGAAGCUGCGGCUGGAGCGGGAGCAGGAGCAGAAGAAGGCCGGCAAGGCCAGCGCGCCGCGGGCCAGCAGUGCCCUGGCCCCCGAGGAGCCCCGCAGCGAGCUGCUGGUGCCCAUCUCCCCCCCAGCCCCGGCCCCUCCGCCGCCCCCACCCCUGGCAGCCCCCAUUUCGGUCAUUCCCAUCCCGGUUGUCACCAGCCCCCCGCAGCAGGCGGCCCAGACCGCCCUGUCCCCGCCGCUGGUGCAGCGCCACCAGCCGCUGGUAAGCACUCCCGGUGUGCCCAAGGAGGUGCCCUCGGUGGCUCCGGUCAUCCAGAGGCCGCCAGGCCCCCUGCUGCCUGACGGCAAAGCGGCCACCCCGCCCUCGGGCAGCCCCAAGCAGCUCCAGCACUACGCGGCGCCGGUCCUGGCCAUCUCCCAGCACCAUGUGGUCCAGCAGCCCAUUCAGCCCCAGCCCCACCAGCCCCUGCAGCAUCCCGGGGCGCCUCCGCCGCUCGGCGCCCUGAAGCUGGCUCCAGCGGAAGACACGAAACCCAACGAGCAGAAGAAGAGGCCUGGAGGGGUUGGCACCAGGGAAGUUCAUAAUAAAUUGGAGAAGAACAGACGAGCACACUUGAAAGAGUGCUUUGAGACAUUAAAGCGCAACAUCCCCAACGUGGACGACAAGAAGACCUCAAACCUCAGUGUCCUAAGGAGUGCCUUGAGAUACAUCCAGACUUUAAAGAGGAAGGAGAAGGAAUACGAGCACGAGAUGGAGCGGCUGGCAAGGGAGAAGAUUGCUACCCAGCAGCGCCUGGCAGAGCUGAAGAAUGAGUUGAGCCAGUGGAUGGACAUCCUGGAGAUUGACAGAAUCAUUCGACAGACAGUUCAGCCAGAGGAUGACCAGGCAUCUACCUCCACAGCAUCAGAGGGCGAAGACAACAUGGACGAGGACAUGGAAGACGACAGGCCAGUGAACUCCUUACCCAAACUAACCCAGCGCCAGCACCCAGAGCUGCUGAAAGCCGUCCCCGCCGCCGCUCCCCACCACCCGGCAGUCCUGCCCCAGCCCCUGUCACUGCAGCAGAAGCAGCCCCCGGCCCCCGGGCAGCCCCCCCUGCAGACGCAAGCCCUGGUGCAGCCGCAGGCCAUGGUGCCGGCACAGACUCACCUGGUGGCGGCCUCCACCGUGCAAUCGACUGUUAUCGCCCACACGGCCACCACCCACGCCUCGGUCAUCCAGACUGUCAACCAUGUCCUGCAGGGCCCCCCGGCCAAGCACAUCGCCCACAUCGCACCUUCCACCUCCAGCCCCGUGCAGCUGGGUGCCGCCGCCCAGCCCAUCGGCCACAUCACUGUGCACCCCGCCGCCAUCAACCACAUGGCACACCUGGGCCAGCAGCUGCCUCUCUACCCCCAGCCCGUGGCCGUCAGCCAGCCCGUGGUGAGCCACAUCGCCCACACCAUCUCCCACCAGCCGGUGAACGGAACCACGAGCCUGGGCCAGCCGGCGGUGAUGGCCAAGCCUGCCGUGGGCACCCAGGUGGUGCACCACCCGCAGCUGGUGGGGCAGACGGUGCUCAACCCGGUGACUAUGGUGACCAUGCCCUCCUUCCCUGUCAGCACGCUCAAGCUGGCCUAG